AUGGCGUGCGUCGCUGCGCAGUCCCCGGCGGACCAGGACAGGUUUAUCUGUAUCUAUCCUGCUUAUUUAAGCGAUAAGACCAUCGCAGAGGGGAGGCAUAUUCCCAUAAGCAAGGCUGUGGAAAAUCCUACAGCUACAGAGAUUCAAGAUGUAUGCAUGACAGUUGGACUGAAUGUGUUUCUUGAGAAGAAUAAAAUGUACUCCAGAGAAUGGAACCGAGAUGUUCAGUACAGAGGCAGAGUCCGGGUACAGCUCAAACAGGACCAUGGCUGCCUCUGCCUUGUACAGUUCCCAUCAGGUAAAUCAGUAAUGCUGUGUGCAGCUGAAAUGAUUCCCAAACUAAAAACAAGGACACAAAAAACAGGAGGCACUGACACAAGUCUUCAGUGA